UUUGAUACUCCGAUCAGUCCGAUCAUAGUCAUUAAUUCGUUAUAGUUAAUUGCAUUUAUACAUUCGUGAUUCGAUCAUUGUUUKAAUAAAUUAAUAUUGAAUAACGUUAGUACUUGACUAAAUACUUACUACUCAGUCGUUAUUCGUCACAUAUCUACGUGCAACACUUGUCUUAUACUUAUAUAUCCAUUAAACUAWUUCCUCGCAGACACGGAAAACGAACGCAAAAUCCAUUACUAUUCAUAGUGUCUCGUUUAUUCGCUGUAUCUCGUCGACACAACGACCUACAACGGUCAUCUCGCCGUUCCGUCGAAGCAGUUGUUGUUUGUUAGAGUUAAAGGUCAUUGUGAGUAACAUGAAGGUAUUCAUAGUUUUUGGAUUGGUGGCUUUAGUCAUCAGCUCAGUGAGCUCAAUAAAGUUAAAUGAAGUUAUUGAAGAAGAAUGGAGUUUAUUCAAAAUUCAAUUCAAGAAAUUAUAUGAUGAUGUUAAAGAAGAAACAUUCCGUAAAAAAGUCUAUUUAGAUAAUAAGUUAAAGAUUGCAAGACAUAAUAAAUUAUAUGAAUCUGGCGAAGAAACAUAUGCAUUGGAAAUGAAUGAUUUUGGUGAUUUGAUGCAACACGAAUAUACUAAAAUGAUGAAUGGAUUCAAACCCAGUUUGGCUGGUGAUAGCAAUUUCACUAAAGAUGAAGCUGUGAUUUUCUUGAAAUCUGAAAAUGUUGUUAUUCCAAAAUCAGUGGACUGGAGAAAGAAAGGAUAUGUAACCCCAGUCAAAAACCAAGGCCAAUGUGGAUCAUGCUGGUCAUUCAGUGCCACUGGAGCAUUAGAAGGACAACAUUUCCGCAAAACUGGUGUGCUAGUAUCUUUGAGUGAGCAGAACCUUAUUGAUUGUUCUCGUAAAUACGGUAACAACGGGUGUGAAGGUGGUCUUAUGGAUAAUGCUUUCAAGUACAUCAAAUCUAAUAAGGGACUUGAUACUGAAAAAUCUUACCCAUAUGAAGCCGAGGAUGACAAGUGUCGUUACAACCCCGAAAACUCUGGUGCCACUGACAAAGGUUUUGUAGAUAUACCUGAAGGUGAUGAAGAAGCCCUGAUGCAUGCUUUGGCUACUGUUGGGCCAGUGUCUAUUGCUAUUGAUGCUUCAUCAGAGAAAUUCCAAUUCUAUAAAAAGGGGGUAUUUUACAAUCCUCAUUGUAGUUCCACAGAACUGGACCAUGGUGUGCUUGCUGUUGGUUACGGUAGCGAUAAGAAAGGAGGUGACUACUGGAUUGUUAAAAAUUCAUGGGGCAAGAAUUGGGGAGCUGAAGGUUAUAUAAUGAUGGCACGUAACAAGAAAAACAACUGUGGUGUUGCAUCCAGUGCCAGUUAUCCUUUAGUCUAAAUAAUUGUGAAUUUAAAUUAUCAACUGUAAACUUUUUUUUUAAACAUAUUUCWCAAUAWUUUUAUAAUGGUAUUUUUAAUAUUACACUUAAUUAAUUUAUAAGAAUGAAUGUAUUGAUUUCUAAGACAAAUUUCAAUAUGAAAUCUUGACAUUUAAAUUUUUUUUCAAGUUAAACAAUUGUAUGAUGUUAAAUUCGAUUACUCCUUCAAAUAUAAGUCAUUGUUCAAUCAUUACACUUGAAACAUAUUUAAACAUUGUCUAUGUAUUAAUGCCAAGUGUGCAUACAUUUUUUUAUAAUUUAAAUUAAACAAGUACGACAAAUCAAAAAACUAAUUUGUAUUUUAUAUUCUUGUAAAAAAAUAACUCAAAUAAAGUAAUAAUUCCUAAUCACUCAUGUUCUAAAAUACACAUUGAAUAAUGUAAACAGUUUUGAAAUCAAAAUAGAUAUGUGUGAUUUAAUGUUUACUUUAAGUAAUUAAGUUAGUAUAAUAUAUUAUUGGUAUUAUCAUUGUGUCAUUUAUGAUUAAUUUAAAAUUGUCAAAGACUAGAUAUUAUUAAUAUUUAUUUUUAAGUUACAAUAAAUUCACUAUGCAUUAUUAGUAUAUCAAAAUUAUUUCUUUUAUAUCAUAUACUCAUACUAUUAAAAUAUUAUAUUUCGUAAAAAAUAUGACCUAAGUUUAGUUUGUAACCAUGAUAAAAAUUGUCAUACAACCAUUUGUGGUAAAAACAUAUUAUUUUUGACAAC